AUGAAACCCCUCCAUUAUUUCCACGCCAAAGAGGAGAUCCUCAAAAGGAGCAGAACCCAAUCCGGCUGGACGGAGAAAUACCAAGGUGUUGCAGUGUAUGCCGAUAUAUAUGAUGCCUUUCAAGCCAUCAUGGAACCACUCCGAGCCCACCAAGUCAUCUACCGCUGGGGAUACCCCGUGAAACUGUUGGUUCAGCGGGAAGGAAAGACCACGGUAUUGCUUACCACCGAAGAUGGAGCUCAGAAGCUGCGUGACUGGGGAAUGGAGCCAACGGAACAGCCAAGGCCUGCUGGAGCACCCAGACGCCUCUCUCCCGACUGGAUGAGGGCGAGACGGAGAUAG